ACAUUAAUGGUGAUGCGUCCUGUCAGCGGACUGUUAGCUGGGAAAGUGACUCUUCCAUGUCACUUUUCCAACAUCCCCACCGUUGCACCUAGCAGCAACACCACUACCCUAGGAAAAGAUUACCUGCGCAUAAAAUGGACCAAAAUUGAGGGGGGCGUGGAGUCAACUGUUCUUGUCGCACAAAACGGCGUCAUUAAGAUUGGUUCAGCUUACAAGACUCACGUGUCUGUGCCUAGUCACCCAGAAGACAUUGGGGAUGCUUCUCUGACAAUGGUGAAACUUCGGGCUAGUGAUGCUGGAACUUACCGUUGUGAAGUGAUGUUUGGAAUUGAAGACACACAAGAUACAGUCAGUUUGGAUGUUGAUGGCGUGGUGUUUCACUACAGGUCCCAGUCUAGCAGAUACAGUCUGAACUAUGCAGAAGCUGUCCAGAUCUGCAAGGAUAUCGGGUCCACCAUUGCUACAGGAGAACAGCUAAAGGCAGCUUACGAGGAUGGUUUUGACCAGUGUGAUGCAGGCUGGUUAGCAGAUCAAACCGUGAGAUAUCCAAUCACCACACCAAGGCUUGGCUGCUUUGGGAAUCUGCUUAAAAAACCUGGUGUCAGGUCAUACGGCCCACGCAAGCCCACUGACACUUUUGAUGUAUACUGCUAUGUGGAUAAGCUUGAGGGAAAUGUUUUCUUUGCCCCCACUAUGCAUAAGAUGACCUUUGAAGAGGCCAAGGCUGAGUGUGAAAGCCAAAAUGCAGUGCUGGCUUCUCCUGGCCAACUUCAUGCUGCCUGGAGACAAGGUCUGGACAGAUGUGAUUAUGGUUGGAUCUCUGAUGGCAGUGCCCGUCACCCUGUCGCUGUACCUAGACAACAGUGCGGGGGUGGUCUGCUGGGUAUCCGUACCAUGUACCGCUACCGUAACCAAACAGGCUUUCCGGAUCCCAAUACGAAGUUAGGAGCUUACUGUUUUAAAGGUGUUCACACCUGUUCUGAAAAUGUUUGCCUGAAUGGUGGUUCUUGUGUAAAAAUGGGUGGUGCUCAGAUGUGCAGAUGUCCACCUGGAUACAAUGGGGAACGCUGUGAAAAAGAUUUUGAUGAAUGUCACACAAACCCAUGUCGUAACGGAGGAACAUGUAUUGAUGGCCUAAACUCCUUCAGCUGUCUAUGUCUACCAAGUUAUGCAGGAGCACUGUGUGAAAAAGACACGGAAACAUGCAGCUACAGCUGGCACAAGUUUCAGGGCCACUGCUACAAACACUUUCCUUAUCGGCGUAACUGGGACACAGCAGAGCGCGAGUGUCGUCUUCAGGGGGCACACCUCGCUAGUAUUUUUUCACAUGAAGAGCAGCAGUACAUCAACCGCCUUGGUCAUGACUACCAGUGGAUUGGUCUGAAUGAUAAGAUGUUUGAGAAGGAUUUCCGGUGGACAGAUGGUAGUGUUGUGCAAUAUGAAAACUGGAGACCAAACCAGCCGGACAGUUUCUUCUCUUCGGGGGAAGACUGUGUAGUAAUGAUCUGGCACGAGGACGGUCAGUGGAAUGAUGUUCCCUGCAACUACCACCUCACCUUCACCUGCAAGAAAGGCACAGUGUCCUGUAGUCAGCCACCCCUGGUCCAUAAUGCUCGCACAUUCGGAUUGCCGCGCCCACGCUAUGAGAUCAACUCCUUGAUCAGGUAUCAGUGCAUGGACGGCUUCAUCCAGAGACAUGUCCCCACCAUUCGCUGCAGAGGAGAUGGCUUAUGGGAUCUGCCCAGGAUUUCCUGCAUGAGUCCCUCCAACUUCCAAAGGAGAUAUGCAAGACGAUAUCAGACAUACAAUCUUUAUCGCCAUCAAAAGAGAUCUGCAGAAACAUCUGUUGAUAUACACUAACGACACCAUGGCCAUGGUGCAUUACACUAUCGGACAGAAUGAUAGUUACUAACACAGUUAGUAACACAGCCCAUAAGCAAGGGUCCUGUUAAUAUAUUUUAUAGAGUAUGACGGACCUGCCUGUUGGGUGAAAGAAAAGAUUAUAAAAAGGAUGAGAAAAAAAAACAUUAAAACAGAGUGGGAUAUCACUGGAACCAGUGCCUUUUAAAUAUUUUUGACAGUAUUUUAAAGAGAGGAUUUUCAAAAAUGCAUUAAGGACCUUCAGCUGGCAUCUGAAAAAAAGGGACUAUUUGAUGUGCCUUCCAUCUCAUUGCUUCAAUCUGGGAACACACAGUGUCUUCCAAAAAUCCAAAAUCCAGCCGCAAAUUUAUCAGAGCUACAGUAGUGUACAUUUCAUUAGCUGCAAUGCUGUGGAUUGGUUUGCUAUCCUACCAUUAUUACAUUAUGUUAUGACAAUGAAAUUAAAAGCCAUGUAGAUUUAUAUUAUUUAUUCUCUGUUCCAUCCAUUUUGUAAAUUCUCCCUUUUUCAAUCUAAAAAACUAAGGAAUUUCACAACUACUUCAAUGUUUUUUCUUGGUUGAUUUAUCUACUUUAAUGAGAACGUACAGUACUUUGUACUUAAAAAGACUUGAACAAAUUCCUUUCUUACAAGAUAAUUUAUUCCUUGUGCUGCUCUGUGUCUUCUCAUUGUUUUACUAAAGCAGAACGUGCUAAAAAGAAAACAGGGUCAAACUGCACAUUGUCAGAAUUUUAAAACAUUAGUAUAUAUACAUUUUAUGUCAACAGCUGUCAUUGAUGUCACUAAUAUAAAUAUCUGCUCAUGUGAAAUAUGGAUUUUGUGAUGACAUUUGGGACGGACCAAAAUAUUAUUUUCAGUAAUAGCUUAAUUGACUUGUGCUUAAAAAGUUGUUAAUAAUGGUCACCCAUUUGUUUAGUCCCAAGCAUUUGUUCUUUUUUUGGCGAGUUGACUUCUGUCCGUUUUUGUAUUUUUUU